AUGUCCCUGCAGUUGCUGAGAAGAGCGGCGCUCAGGCUGCCCAGCCUGGCUCCCCAGCCUGCCAGAGGCAUCACUGCCAAGGCCCCCAAGGAUCCUAUAGGGCCCGUGGUAAGGAGGCCCCGGGGGAGGGUUAUGGGGAGGAGGAGGAUUCCGUUUUAAAAAAAAAAUUGGAGACGAGAAAACGUAACAGAAAUACAGAACCAGGAGGAAAAGCUUCGCAGAAAACAGGUAGCGCGGACCACCGCCGUUUCUCAUGGAAAUGGGUUACGUAAAUCAUAAAUUAUUCCAAAUAAAAUGAUAUUUGGAUUAGUGUGCACUUGGGGAGGUGAUCUUGUGCUGUUCAAAAAACGAGGUGGGUGGGAGGGAUACAGACACGUUAGACGUGUGACUGGUAUUCAGCGUAGGCCCUUCCUGGGCUGCACUUCUAAAGCAGUUAUCGUGCCCCUUUAAACUGUCGUGGUCAUUGAAAGAUUGGUCAUUGAAAGGUGUUUGGUUGGGUGGUAUGAUGUGUAUCAAUCAAGCUUGCUGCUAGGAAGGAGUUGAAGUUGGGCAAGAGAUUGAGGGUGAGUGAGGACAGACGUCCCUUGUGGACUGCAGUGCAGGCAGGUUUGUGAGUACCUGGGCACCUAAAGGAUGGGCUGUGUGAGGAGAGGACUUCUGGUGGGAAUGUUUGCAUAAUGCAUAUAACACAGAGCUUUUAUAGAUGUCAUUUGUUACAGAGAGCCUUUUGGGCUUACCAAGUAAUCCAUUAAUCUCUUGCUUCCUGUGCUUAGCUGAUGUUCUCUGUCAGCUCUCAGUGGUGUCUUGUAGCUGGAGAUGUGAACAGCCAUGUCUGAUUUUUUUAAAUUUAUUUUUAAGCAUUAUAGAGUAGUGUUUUCACAUGUAGUAGCUUCAGCUGUGGUUGUUUCUUUGAUUAUGCAAAUCGUCACUAGACACUCUUAUCUCUAGCGCUGGCAUUUAAAGGAUUGGAUCUAGCCCUGGGGCAUCUGCUUGCUGCUGAUCCUUCCUUCCCUCAAGUCUCAGGGCUGAGCACUGCUGCUUUUGUCUUCUCUUGUACAGGAGACGGUUAUUGGCCUGACCACCUUCUUCAUAACAUUCCUGGUCCCAUCAGGCUGGAUCCUGAAGAACUUGGAAAGCUACAAGACCAGAGAAUGA